CACAUUUAUAACAAUGGCUUUCCAGCAGCGACUACGUGGACGACAAGCUCAUGCCCCUGGCGCGACUUACCUGACUUACACACCAAACGGGAAGAAACUCAUCACAGCUGGAGUCGACAAUUACUGUCGUAUUUUCACCACUGGGUCCGACGAUGAGCCUGUGACUGUGGAUGACUGCCAGGAGAGCAACACAGCCGUGGUUGCUGGCAAUGGCUUCUUCAUUACUGGUUCUGAGGAUGGUACAGUGAGCAAGUACUCACUGGAGGGCAACAAGUUCGAAGAAAUACUCGUCAGGACUACACUACCUGUCCGAGAUGUAGCUCUCAGUCCAGAUGGGAACUGGAUUGCGGUUGCGAGCGAUGAGCUCGUAGUCAAUGUCGUAAGCACAAAAGACAUGACGAAGAUACGGACGCUACGCGACCAGCCUCGAGCCGUGAAGCAUGUCUCUUUCGACAAAUCUGGAGGCCAGCUUGCCGUAUCCUGCACCGACGGCAACAUCUAUAUGUACAACUUGGACGAGGGCGAGCCUGAGAUGGUAAAACGAGUGGACGGCAUGAUAAAGAGCCUGGAAGCAGACGCAGAGUCCAGCUCGAGGGUGCUGUGGCAUCCAGACGGCCGGGCGUUCGCUACGCCCACGGCACUUCGAGAUGUGCAGGUCAUGUCAACGAGCGACUGGGAACGCCAACGCGUCUUCAAGACUGGACAUGCUUCUGACAUUACGGCCGCGGCCUGGUCACCAAAUGGAGCCCUUCUAGCGACUACAUCUGGCGAUCUGAACCUCUGCCUGUGGGAUACCAAGACACAAAAAGUGCUGAAGAAGUACGACGACAUCAAGGCGACUAUUCUGGCCAUGGCAUGGCAUCCCACAGAAAACAUCCUCUCCUAUACCAACAACGAGGGCGAGCUGUUCAUCCACACAGACUUCGUACCCGAGGAACAUAUCCCGCUGCUAGAGAAAUCUACCGUUUCAGCACCUUUCUUCCACGAUCCUGCAGAAGGCCGGGCUGGUGCUCCUAAUCUCGCAGGUGGAGCGACGACUGUCCUUCCAGAACGACGACCACGGCAAAGAGACGGAACGCCUGAUUCUCUUGAUGAUUUGCUUGGCCCGGAUUUCAGGGACGACGAAGCAGACGAAAAUGGCGACGAGGAUAUGAACGAUUUCGUGGUCGACGACGACGGUGCUGGCUAUGCACCUGCUCUCAAUGGCCACGGCAAGCGUCCAAACAACCAUCCUACCAACGGCCUCGAACCUGCCUCCAAACGACGUGCUCCCUUCAGCUCUGCGCUCUUCCGCCCUCAAGUCCACGAGCCCUUCCAACCCGGUAGUACACCCUGGCGCGGAAACCGCCGUCUCUUGUGCUGCUCGUUGACAGGGCACAUCGAGACCGUCUCCCAAGAAGGAAGACACCACACCGUGAGCGUAGCCUUCUACGACGAACAAACAUUCCGCCCCUUCCACUUCACCGACGUCUUCCUCUACGACAAGGCUUGUCUUAACGAAAACGGCGCACUCUUCGCCUGCCAACCAAACAGCACUGGCGACGGAAACCAAGCAAUGAUAUACUACCGGCCACACGAGACAUGGACCUCUCGAACCGACUGGCGCACCAACCUGCCCACAGGCGAAUCCGUAACCGCAGUCGCACUCUCAGACUCCUACAUCUGCGUAACCACGUCAGCAAACUACGUGCGCAUCUACUCCCUCUUCGGCCUCCCGAUCCGCGUAUACCGGCAAAAGUCCUCCCCAGCAGUAACAUGCGCAGCAUGGCGCGACUACAUCCUCACCAUCGGCAACGGGCCCAUGCAAGCCGACGGCUCAACCCAACUGCUCUACACCAUCGAAAACAUCAAACACGACACCAUCUACCAAGACGCUGACAUCCUCGCCCUCCCCCCAAACACAACCCUCACCUCCGUCUUCUUCAGCGCAGAAGGUGACCCCUACAUCUACGACACCGCCGGCGUCCUCACCACCCUCCUCGGCUGGCGCUCAGCAGGCCAGGCCCGCUGGACCCCCAUGCUCGACACAACCCAGCUCUCGCGCCUCGCCACCGGCGGGAAGCAAGAAUCCUACUGGCCCGUCGGCGUCGCCCGCGACUCCGACUCAGCCAUGAAAUUCCACUGCAUGAUCAUCAAGGGCAGGGAAAUGUACCCCUCCGCCCCCGUCCCGCACCUCAGCGACUUCGGCCUCGAGAUCCCGCUAUCCAGCGCAGUCGACAGGCGCAAGACAUCCGCCGCAGAGCGAAACGCAGACGCCAUGUCCGACGACGACGACGAUGACGCGGACGCCACGACAAAGAAACCAGAAUCCAAACAGCAGGAACACGAGCAGGCGUUUAUUCUCUCGUCAACGCUACAUUCGCAGUUGGCGUCUACGCUGGCGCAUACGCGCCCGUCGCUGGCGCAGAAACAGGACCUCGCUACGCUGGAGGUCGCGGUUGAUCGCGCGCUGCUGCAGCUUCUGGGGUUGGAGUGCUUGGCUGGCGAGGAUCAUGGGAUGAAGGCGUUGGAGAUUGUCGGGUUGAUGAGGGAUGCGAAUGGGAAGAUGCUGGAUCUUGCGGGUAAGGUUGCGAAUCGCUAUGGGAGGGAGGUGUUGGCGGAGAAGAUUGGGGAGUUGGCGGAGCGGAGAGCCGCUGGGCGGGAUGCUGAUGGGGAUGAGGAGUAUUAGGGGAUGAGGAGUAUUAGAGGUGUCAUGUCAUGUAGAUGUUGGCGCUUGGAUGUAAUGCGUUGGAUAGCUUAUCAGCAUAGCGGGUGUCACAUUCAAUGGUAU